AUGACACCUCUCGAGAAGAUGCUCGGCAACGAGAAAUGCGCUGACAUCUGGCUUGUCUGUGCUGAUGGUCUUCUCAUUCCCUUUCACACUGUCAUCUUCGAUCUUAGCAACACCUUGGACAGUCCUUUCGAUGUGUUCAUCAAGUCUGCGCGCGUGUCUGACGAGGAUUUUGUUCCCGUCCCUCUCGAUGGUCAGACAAUGUGGCGUAUUCUGUCGUUCGUCUACAUGGACACGUACAGUGAUGAGGCCACUUCACCUCCCACAUUCAGAACUGUUGCGGCACCCGAGUUUGCCAGAGAGGACGGGGUAGCGGAGACCCUGCGCAACCUCUCUUUGGACCCACAAGACUGCACAUCGGCCACUUUACUCAAUGCUUGGUCGAGCAUGCAAGUUUAUAUCGCUGCCAACUUAUGGUCCAUGGACCGUCUCAUCAUCGAGUCUUCAGAGAGAUUUGGUGGCUUUAUUCGUGGUUCAUCAGCUGAGCAUGACUUCUCGAACUUUGUCAACGCAAUCUUCAACUCAGUCCCUGAUCCUCGACGACUGCUGUAUGACCAAGUCACCAAAGAGUGUGUCGUCAGCAUUGAGACACUGAUCAGUGACGACCACUUUCGCGACGCGAUUAUGAAGCAUUCUCAUCUCGGCCUUCUUCUCGUGGAGGAGCUCACUGCGCUUCUGGCCACUUACCGCCAGGCACUCAUCGAUGGCGACCAGACUCCGUCUGCCCCUAUCGCCUCUGCUUCAACUUCCGUCGAUGCUUCAAUUCUCCUUGAAUCGCAGAAUCGUCUGGCCGAGACCGAGAGCCUUCUGAACGAGGCCGAGAACCAUCUUUCCGUCAAGGAUGAGAGUAUCGCACGUCUUGAGCAGGAAGUUGCUCGCCUCAAGGCUCGUCCCGACAUUUCUCGUCCCGAUAAUUCCAUGCUGGUAGAUCAAGUUGCCGACAAGAUCAACAUUGUCGACAACCUUGCAGAGCAGCUUGAUGAGAAGGAUCGGGAAAUUGCUGAGAAGGAUCAGGAGAUUGCUGAGUUGCGCGAGGAGAUGGCUGUGAAGGACCAAAAGAUGGUCGAGAAGGAUCAGAAGAUCUCAGAUCUUGGUCGUCUCAACCAUGAUUUGACCCAGGGCAUCAACUCCAACCGCUCUGGCAUGCAAUUCACUACCGAUCUCAUGAUCGAAUGUAAUGAGUCUCGUGAGAAGAUCACAGCUCUCCAAGCUCUUCUUCAGACCUUCGAGACGAAGCAUGAGGAGUCGCUGGCUUUGACCGCUCCGCGUGCUGAGACUCAGGAGGACCUCAUUGUCAACAAGGCUAGCAUCCCUCAGCCUGCUGCCGGCAAGGACUCCCAGCCUGCCAACACUUCGCAGUCUGCGGAUGAUGAGCAGAGCGCUAACCGUAGACGCCCUGUUCACGGCGUUGGAAUGUUGGAAGAGGUGGUGAAUGGCAUAACCUCUGGUAAUGCUGUUCCAACUGAAGCUCCUGCUGCUGCUACAACUCGUUCUCUUCCUGCCCCGGCUAUCGCGACUCAUAUCGCGAGAGGUGGUGGACCCCUCACCUUCCCUGAAAGACUCGCACAGAGAAGAACAGCUCAGAUGGCUGAGAUGGUUGAGCCAGCUGAGCGCGCGGCCGCCGCAGGCAUCCUUGGAGGUGAGCGUGUCGAGGCUCCGCAGGAAGCUCCUGAGGCUCCGGAGGUCACUGAGGAUACUGGGGUUCGUGAGGGCCCUGCUAGUAUGCCGCUGGUCCCACGUGGCGCUCUACCUGCCGCACAACAGCCUGUCCUCUCUGCCAGUAAUGGUGCCUCGGCCAAUGGUGAAGGAUCUACAAUUACCACUAACGGCGCUUCUCGAGGGCCCCACGUCGCUGCCGCCAGUCGCCGCGCUGGUCCUCACGCACGCAAUGGUGGUAGUGCUUCGGUCGCACCAGCUAGCUCCAGCGCCAAUGCUGUGCCUCAGACUCCAUCCGAGCCUCGCACCCCAACUGUCGCUCGCACAUUUGCUGAAUCUCAGACCCGUGCCGGUCCUCACACUCGCGCUGCUGCUCCUCAGGUCAACGGUGGUGAGCGUGCCCCAGCUAACGCACCUACCGGUCCAGCCACCGUAGUCGUCACUAACAGCCAUACCAAUGACAACCCUGUUCGUGACGCUGUUAUAGAGCAGCAGCAGGCACAAUUCAACAGACUGCAAGCCGAGAUUGCCUUCUUGAGAGGUCAGCUUAACGAUGCUCGCACUGGUCCUGCUGCCAACGUGCAGACUAGAGACCAGAAUGGUCGCGGCGGUCGUGAGGGUCGUGGAGGUGGUGGCUUUGGCGGUGCUGGUGGUAGUGCGCAGCCACGCCUCGAUGCAAUCCUUACAGCUCUCAAGGAGUACGACUUGGAUCAUAAGGCUUGCAACGACUGUGGUAUCAACUUCAACUCGGAGUGGCGCGGCGUCGUCGACGACCCUCACAAAUCCAGCUUGAUCCUGCUGUGCCGCAAGUGCGGCGAGAAGAAGUGCCACUGGGACUGUUGA